AUGAAUCUUGGAGCGCUUGGUGAUUCUCUUCCCACGAAGAAUUUGGGUGAGGUCAAGUUCUUUCUUGGUUGCGCGUAUAGGCGCGACCGUGAGGCUGGCACCAUUGAGAUUUCUCAAGAGAGUUACAUAAGGAGUGUCCUCGAGAGAUUCAAUGUCGUUCGCACCAGCUCGAUCCCCGCUUCCCCCACUGUUGUCAACAGGUCCGUGAUGGAGAAUGAGGAGGCGGGAGAUGUGCCGUUCCGUGAGGUGGUGGGAUGCCUAAUGUGGAUCGCCAGCCAGACUAGACCCGACAUCUCUAAUGCUGUGCGGGCUGUGGCAAGACACUCCAACGAGCCGAAGUUAAGCCACUGGAAGGCAGCUCAGAAGAUCCUGAAUUAUCUUCUGGGCACGGCACAUCUUAGUCUAAACUUCAAGCGGGAUAGUUCGGUAGACGUAGGGACUUUGGUGUACGUAGAUGCCGACUUUGCCAGCAAGGCCACUNAG